AUGGAGAGUGGAGCAGGAAAGCACUGGACUGAGGAAGAGGUUAAAGCUUUGCUAAGUAUCUGGGCAGAAAAAAAUAUACGAAAACAACUUUAUGGAACACUGAGAAAUAAAGGAAUAUUUAUCUACAUUGCUAAAAGGCUGCAAGCACUAGGAGUAUACAGAGAUUGGAAACAGUGCCGGGCAAAGUACAAAAAUCUCAAAUAUGAAUACAGAACAGUUAAAUAUGCCCACAACUCUGGAGACAGCUGUAAAACUAUGAAGUUCUUCCAUGAUUUGGAUGCGAUCCUGCAGUAUGAACCUGCCACACAAAUAACAGAGGAAGAUGCAAAUGACAGGUGCCUGGCAACGCUGAGCCAAAGUACAGCCCCAGAGAUCACUGAAGGCAAAAUGUCAGUUACAUCAGUAGACAAGGAAGACAUUCCAGGAAAUCCUUUACUUUUGGUUUCUCAUGUCAGACCAAUGGAACUAGGUAACUCUACACCAAUAAUGGAACCCCCUAAUAAUCCAACUUUCAUUCCAGCUGUAGCAAAUGAAGGAGGAAAACACUGGACUGUGCCAGAAGUCAGGGCUCUAAUAGGCAUCUGGUCUGAUAAAGGCAUACAACAACAACUAGAGGGAACAGUGAGAAAUAAAAGGAUAUUUGAACAAAUUGCUGCCGAGCUUCAGAAACUCGGAAUAGAGAGAGACUGGAAGCAGUGCAGAACAAAGUAUAAAAACUUAAAACAUGAAUACAAGAUUGUAAGAAUGGCUCAAGACCUAGGCAUGACUAAGAGUAUGAAAUUUUUUACUGAGUUGGAUGCUAUUCUGGGACACAGUAAAACAGAAAACUCACAAGAACAGGAAUCCCACGAUGGAAAGGAAGCCACAGGAUGUGCCAAUGUAAAAAUGGAAGAGGAUCAGACAGUCAUUGCUGGAGAUGCAGCUGAAGACGACUCGGUCAGUAAUAUGUCAGAAGGCCUAAGAGAGACAGAUAUGAGACAAAGCCCUGGCACAGAGGAAGACACUGUAAGUACUGCCUCAGAAGAGGUGGGCAGCCCCACAGCACUGCACAGUAUCACUGGGUCAGGUAAUCAUAUUCCUUUAGAAGAUGCUAAAAGUCAUUUACAGAUUAUAACAGUGAGCAACACAGAGGCUGGAAAACACUGGUGUGACAAUGAGGUCAGAGCACUUAUAAACAUAUGGUCUGACGAAAAAAUUAAGCAAAUGCUUGAAGGGGCCACAAGAAACAAAGAAAUAUUUGAGGAAAUUGCCAGAAGACUAAUGCAGUUUGGAAUAGACAGAGACUGGAAACAAUGUCAUACCAAAUACAAAAAUUUAAAAUAUGAAUACAGAGUUUUACAAAAGAAAAAUGGCAACCCUCAAGGGAAAAUGAGAUUUUAUGAAGAAGUUGAUGGUCUCCUAAGACAACCAUCUCUCAGAACUGCAAAAUGGAAACAUGAAUUAUUUGAAAGUCAUACCAAAAACCCAAGAACUUUGAGAAUCAAGAGAAAAGCACAUGAAGACGAACCAGUGGCAGUAUCUCUCAAGAAAACUGCUCCUGAGAUCACUGCAAAUCAGUUUCCUCAAAGAACAACAGAAGCAAAAGGUUGUACAGAAUGUUUUUGCAGUCAGGAGACCCCCUACGUGACCCAACUUCAUCAGACUCCUGCCUCUCUUCCUAGAGCUGCUGCUGCUUCCAGACCACUCCGGAUAAUGGCGACAACCGAGGUACUGAAGAUUGGUAAAAAACUCUAUGAGGGUAAAACAAAAGAAGUCUAUGAAUUGUUGGAUAGUCCAGGAAAAGUCCUCCUGCAGUCCAAGGACCAGAUUACAGCAGGAAAUGCAGCCAGAAAGAAUCACCUUGAAGGAAAAGCUGCAAUCUCAAAUAAAAUUACCAGUUAUAUUUUUCAGCUGUUACAGGAAGCAGGUAUCAAAACUGCUUUCGCCAGAAAAUGUGGAGAGACAGCUUUCAUUGCACCUAAGUGUGAAAUGAUUCCAAUUGAAUGGGUUUGUAGAAGAAUAGCAACUGGUUCUUUUCUCAAAAGAAAUCCUGGUGUCAAGGAAGGAUAUAAGUUCUACCCACCUAAAGUAGAGAUGUUUUUCAAGGAUGAUGCUAAUAAUGAUCCACAGUGGUCUGAGGAACAGCUAAUUGCUGCAAAUUUUUGCUUUGCUGGACUUGUUAUAGGCCAAACUGAAGUGGAUAUCAUGAGUCAUGCUACACAGGCUAUUUUUGAAAUACUGGAGAAAUCCUGGUUGCCCCAGAACUGUACACUGGUUGAUAUGAAGAUUGAAUUUGGUGUUGAUGUAACCACCAAAGAAAUUGUUCUUGCUGAUGUUAUUGAUAAUGAUUCCUGGAGACUCUGGCCAUCAGGAGAUCGAAGCCAACAAAAAGACAAACAGUCGUAUCGUGACCUCAAGGAAGUAACUCCUGAAGGGCUGCAGAUGGUAAAGAAAAAUUUUGAGUGGGUUGCAGAAAGAGUAGAGCUGCUUCUGAAACCAGAAAGUCAGUGCAGGGUUAUAGUACUGAUGGGCUCAACCUCUGAUCUUAGUCACUGUGAAAAAAUUAAGAAGGCUUGUGGAAAUUUUGGAAUUCCCUGUGAACUUAGGGUAACAUCUGCCCAUAAAGGACCAGAUGAAACUCUGAGGAUUAAAGCUGAGUAUGAAGGGGAUGGCAUUCCUACUGUAUUUGUGGCAGUGGCAGGCAGAAGCAAUGGUUUAGGACCAGUGAUGUCUGGUAACACAGCAUAUCCAGUUAUCAGCUGUCCUCCCCUCACUCCAGACUGGGGAGCUCAGGAUGUGUGGUCUUCUCUUCGAUUACCCAGUGGUCUUGGCUGUUCAACCAUACUUUCUCCAGAAGGAUCAGCUCAGUUUGCUGCUCAGAUAUUUGGAUUAAACAACCAUUUGAUUUGGGCCAAACUGCGAGCAAGUGUAUUGAACACCUGGAUUUCCUUGAAGCAGGCUGACAAGAAAAUCAGAGAGGGCAAUUUAUAAGAAAGAACAUCAUUGCAUUUUUUAGGAGAAAAACUGUAAAUUUCUACUUUAGCUGCAGGAAAAAAAAAGCAAGAUGAAAAGAUUUUAAAUCAAUCAGAGAAAACAAAAUUCAUAAGUGAAUAAAUGCCUCUCUAGAUUCAUGUAUUAGUAGAAUAAAUGUCCAUAUUUAUUAGUAUUUCUUUAUAAGUAGUGAAAUUACUAUACAUUUAAAAUUAAUCUCUUACCCACAUAUGGUCAGUUAGGUAGGCAGUAUAAUUAAAUAUAUUUCUUAAAUGAUAAUAAUGUCCUAUUAUAGAGUUGUAAAGUUACUAAUUUCUACAUCUCAGUCCGUAAGUUUUAGAAACUUAAAAUGGUUGUAUCUUAGGGUGGUUAAGAGCAAUAUAGUCCUCUUUCACAUUAUGAUCUUUACAAAACUCUAGGGCAUGGUUUUUUAUUUGCAGUCAGUAUGUCAGAAAAUGAUGUUGUAUUUAUCUCUAGCUAUAGCUAGAGAUGAUGUUUGGGUUUGAUAUUGCCUUUUUAAAGAAAAGCUGAGAUUGAUGCUGGGGGUAAGAAAGACAUGAAACAAGAUGAAGGGGCACUGUGGAAACCAUGGAGAGACUUCUGAGAACUUCUCUGUUAAGGGUCAGGGCAAUUUCCCAUGGAAAAAAAGUAGAGUCACCUUUGCCAUUGCAAAUGAGUUAGUAAAUCUUACUUGGCUCUGUAGGUCAUAAAAUUCUUUUAAUUCUGAUAACACAUAUUUUAGCCAGACUAACAAUCCCCAGCCUACCCUCAUUUUCAAAAAUUGGAAUCUCCCAGUUAAUACCCAUAACUAGUUUCUUUCUAGUAUUAAGUCUAGGUAGUAUACCCAGCAAAAUGCACUUCUAAAGGAGAAGUUGUUACUGAGAGGUAUGAUAGUUCAUCAUGAGUCUAUAAACCAUAUUUGGAAAUAUCAGUGUUACAUUAUGCAGCCUUGAGGAUUUUAUAGAUCAUUAAACUUUAAUCUAGGUGUCUAUGAACCCCUUAAGCUUACAUGUAAAAUUUUAUGUAUAUGUUCACUUCUAUGAGAAGGGGGCAAUCAAUUUUUACCAAAAAGAUGUGUCCCCCCCAAAAUGUUAAGAAUCUCUACUACAGAUGAAAUCUUGUUAAAACUUUUGCCACUGGCCUACCCUGGUCUACGCUUUUUCACUUCCCUCUCAACUGUUAACAAGCUGGCAUCUCAUCACUGAUCUCUGUGGCGUAUGAUUGACCUAACUUCCUUUCUUGGGCUAUACACCAAGUUGUCCCAACCUCAAUCUUAAUCAUUCCUCAUAUUUUACUCUUUCCCUUAAGUAUUGAUGUUUCCUACUAUUGAGUCCAUUGUUUACAAAUAAUGGUAGGAUAAUUUUAAUUCUUUAUAGUGAAUGUCUGUAGACUUGUAUUUUCAGCUGUCCAUUUCUGUCUGAAUGCUCUAAACUUAACUCAUCUUCCACCAAGCCUAUAUCUGGCUGCACUCACUGUCCCAAAUCAGAAGCUUAAUUUUAUCCUUGAUGUUUUUCUCUGACCUUUCAUUUCUAACUCAUCACUAAGUCUUGAAUUUACCGUUUACCCAUCCACUGUACAUAAACCUCAAGCAAGGGUCAAAUUCUGUAUUAGCCUGAUAAUAGGUCUUCUUUUUUUUUCUUUUUUUUUGCGGUACGCGGGCCUCUCACUGUUGUGGCCUCUCCCGUUGUGGAGCACAGGCUCCGGACGCACAGGCUCAGCGGCCAUGGCUCACGGGCCCAGCUGCUCCGCGGCAUGUGGGAUCUUCCCGGACCGGGGCACCAACCCGUGUCCCCUGCAUCGGCAGGCGGACUCUCAACCACUACGCCACCAGGGAAGCCCUAGGUCUUCAUUCUUAACCCAACCUUUUUGAGGUUGAUUGUCCAAGGACUUAAAACAAAAACUCUUAAAUAAAUUUCUUUUGCAACAUAGACUCCUUUGAAAAUAAGAAUGCUGUUGACCCUCUCCCUAGAAAAUUGCACAGUAUGUUUACUAACAGGUUCCAUUUGUUCCUGGGUUCCUUGAAGCCUAUCCAUAGUCUGUAGGUUAAGAAUUGCUGUUGUAACCCAUCAAGGGAACUUGCUUUCCUCUUUUUCAGACUGUUGCAUAUCUGUACCUUUAGUUCUUAGAAUGUUCUCAUUUGUCAUUAAAAUCUACUUGUUAGUUACUAGAGCUUCAUCUUUGCUUUUUCCAUGAAACCUUCCCUGAUAAACCUUCCAGCUACAGUGGCUACAAGUACUUUCUCUGUUGGAUUGUAAGCUCCCAAAGAGGAGAAAAUGUAAUUCUACAGUUUAUUUCCCUUACAUUGUCUUAUGCUCUGAUGUGCUAAUGCCUAGCUGUCUGUUAGAAAUGGGGGAAUUAUAAAAAUCAUGUACUGCUUUGUUUUCUAAAGUUAGAUCACAAGAACAAUUAAAAAGAUUUGAUUUUAA